GCUUUUCUACACAGAAAACAAAAUGGCGGCUGGCUGUUAAAGAACGAUUUUGAGUUACAGUUAAAGGGCUCAAAAUGCUGUGAUCUUCCUCACUUCUGGUUUUUCCGCCUCCAAAAAUCUGUGUUUUCAGUCUCUUCGUUUUUCUUCCUGCCCGGCAGUUUAAAGAGACUCCCUAAGCCGUACGCCCGGCAGCCCACUGAAUUGUGAAUCCAAACAGCCGGAGCAGCAGCAGAUAGACAGUGACUGAGAAACGGGAGGGAGGGGGGGUAGUGAGAGAUAAAGAGUGAGAGAGCAGGGAGAGAGCAGGGAGAGAGAGAGGGAGAGAUGAAAAGCAUGCUAAGCGAGAGAGAGGCGCUCACACUGAAGGAGGCAGAGGCAACAGCUACAGCAACAGCACGCUCCUUCCCCAUCCUCCCUCUCUUCUCUCAUAAUCCCACAUCCACGCCGGGGGAGAUGGAGGGCGCCCUGACCCACUGAGGAGCUCUGUCUGAAGGAGAGGACAAUCUCACAUCAGCCCCCCCCCUCCUGUGAGCGCCCGGAUCAUAUUUUUGGGACAAUAACCAACAAGGAGUGAAAGGAGGUGUGUACACAAACGAGCCUGCCGGCGGGAGGGAGGGAGGGCGCAGGAGAGAAAAGAGGGGGAUGAGUGGCAGGUUCGGUACAGCUGCUGAUGCCAGGGUCUGAGAGUGAGACAGACUGAGGAGCGGAGGGCUGGCACGUGUGGAGCAGGGUCUGCAACUUGUGGGCCAAGAGGAGAGGAAAAUAGAUUCACAUACGCACACAGCUGGACAGAUGAGGAGGCAUCAGGGACCACGCUUCAGUCCUGGGUGCAUGGUGCACUGACCCUGCCUGCGACAGGCGAGGAGUCAGAGGACCAGGGCCAUGAUUGGCUCUCCUGGCCCUGGUGGGCGUGCCUUAGUGCCAUGGCCAAGGGUGUGGCAGUGGGUCCUGGCUGCUUCUCUGGUUGCCGUAAUAACCUUGACGCUGCCAGGAAGUAGCCAGGCCUGCCCGCCACGGUGCGAGUGCUCGGCUCAGCUGAGGUCAGUGUCGUGCCAGCGGCGGCGGCUCACAAACAUCCCAGAGGGCAUCCCCACCGAGACACAGCUUCUGGACCUCAGCAAGAACCGGCUCCGCUGGGUGCAGUCAGGCGACCUGGCACCGUACCCGCGACUGGAGGAAGUGGACCUCAGUGAGAACCUCAUCGCCACAUUAGAGCCCAAUGCCUUCGCCACCCUCCAGAGUCUUAAAGUGCUGAAGUUAAGGGGGAACCAGCUGAAGCUAGUGCCCAUGGGGGCUUUUGCCAAGCUGGGCAAUCUGACCAGUCUGGACCUGAGUGAGAACAAGAUGGUGAUUUUAUUGGACUACACCUUCCAGGAUCUGAGGAGUCUGAAACAUUUGGAGGUGGGAGACAAUGACCUGGUUUAUAUCUCCCACAAGGCGUUCUCAGGGCUGCUGGGGCUGGAAGAUCUCACAAUAGAGCGCUGCAACCUGACAUCCAUCUCCGGCCAGACGCUGUCUUACCUGCGCAGCCUGGUCACCCUUCGCCUCCGGCACCUCAGCAUCAUCGCCCUGGAGGACCAGAACUUUCGCAAGCUCUCCAACCUGCGGGGUCUGGACAUCGAUCACUGGCCGUACCUUGAGUACAUUUCCCCACUAAGUUUCCAGGGCCUGGACCUCCACUGGCUCUCCAUCACCAACACCAACAUCACCUCCGUCCCCUCCGCUUCCUUCAAGAACCUGGUGCACCUCACCCACCUCAACCUGUCAUACAAUCCCAUCACCACACUAGAGCCCUGGGCCUUCAAAGACCUGCUGAGGCUGAAGGAGCUCAUCAUGGUAAGCACAGGGUUGACGACAGUGGAGCUCCACGCCCUCGGAGGCCUUCGACAGAUCCGGGUCCUCAACUUUUCCUCCAACGACCUGCAGACUCUGGAAGAGGGCUCCUUCCACUCUGUCAACAGUCUGGAGACCCUCAGAGUGGAUGGGAACCCCCUGAUGUGUGACUGCCGUCUGUUGUGGAUCCUGCAAAGACGCAAGACCCUCAACUUUGACGGCAGAGUGCCCGUGUGUGCGGGGCCGGUGGAGGUGCAAGGGGUCAGCCUCAGCACCUUCACCGAUUCUGCACUCUUCGAUCACUUUACAUGCCAGAAACCUAAGAUACGCAACCGUAAGCUGCAGCAGGUAAUAGCGCGUGAGGGCCAACCGGUGAGUUUUCUGUGUCGAGCUGAAGGAGAACCUGCACCUGCUAUUGUCUGGAUUUCCCCACAGCGCAGACGGAUCACAGCCAAGAGUUCAGGGCGCAUUACUGUUCUCCCUAGUGGCACCCUGGAGAUCCGCUACGCCCAGCUUACUGACAGCGGAACAUACAUCUGCAUUGCCAGUAACGCCGGAGGCAAUGACACCUACUUCGCCACACUCACAGUGCGUGGCCAGCCGCUAGAUGCCGCCUCAGCCUUCUUUCUCAACCGCUCGCUGUACAGCGGCGAGUUCUUCAACGACACAAAUCUGAACAGCACACGCGUUUUCCUCAAAUUCACCUUGGACCUGACCACCAUCUUGGUCUCCACGGCAAUGGGUUGCAUCACCUUCCUGGGGGUGGUCCUCUUCUGUUUCCUGCUGUUGUUCGUGUGGAGCCGGGGACGCGGCCAACGCAAGAACAACUUCACAGUGGAGUACUCCUUCCGGAAAUCUGAACCCGCCACUGGCGGCUCCUCAGGAGGGACCAGGAAGUUCAACAUGAAGAUGAUAUGAAACAACGCAGCCAGGGGUCCCUCAGGGGAGGCAUGAGCACGUCCCAAAAACGUGUUUGACACACGCAAACACACACAGCCACUGACUCGCAAAGAAGUGUGAAAGCACAAUAUAAGUUUCUGUCUAUGGCUCCAUUCAAAAUUGAGCGCCCACAUUAAAACUGGAGCCAUGGCUUGAUUUGAUUUGAUUUGUGAAUGAAAACAAAACGACCCUGAUCUCUCUGCCCCUCAGUGAUUUUAUUCAGCUUGUGGUGAAAAACCAUGUGAAUGACACGGCAAAGAACUACAGCAUUGACAGAUUUAAGAGCUACUUGUGGUCCAUGCUUAACAAGAAUGAUCAAUUCAAGAAUUAUAGGAGUUAAGUUUUUGAAAUUGGCAUUAUUACUAAGCUGUGGGAUGCUGGUAGUCCUGUCUCUCUGUUACAUUACUGAGAUAAUGAAAAAAAAGAUUUCCUCUUUCAUUUAAAUUUCCCUUUACUGUAUUCUGUGCAGUCUGGGAUUUUAAAAGAAAUGUGAUGCGGGGAGAUCUGAUUACCGUCCAUUUAUAGCAUCUGUAGCUAUGCUCCUCUAAAGUCUGCCGUGUUAAGAAUCAUGUAGAAAUGCAGCUGAGAGUUAAGUUGUUCAAACCUUCAAAUAAAACAAAUUGUUUUGAAAAACAGUUUGAAUAUGUUUUUCUAUCGAGCAUGUAACAGCCUCCUUAAUCUAAUCUGACCACGGCUGAACAGUGAGGAGGGUUCUUCAUUAGCAUUAUCAUACAUCAUUUGUUUUAAUGAACAAAAGCUUAAUGGAUGUAAAAUACAAUCUGAUAAUAACACCUGAUAAGAAGCAAAAUGGAUUUGGACCGAAGAUUCGGCCUUUUUCUUCUUUGUGAGAUUUUGCGACAACGUUAGCUGUGUGAGUUUGGGACGAGCACACUGGCCAAGAGCUGGCGUGGCUGCCCGUGGCCCGGAGGGUUUGGUUAGGAAGUCAAGCCCACCGGACACGGGCAGCCACAGUAACUAUAGCAACCAACACAACAGAGAGCAACGGGGACGGGGCUGGUGGCCGCAGGAGGGUCGCUGGGUAGAAGAGGAGAGGGGAAAAAAGAAGUCCCUACAUCACAAGCUCCGUUCAUGCUCUUUCAUCCACAGGAGAGGCUCAACCUGCCGGCCCACCCUCCGUCCCUGCCCCUCUGCUGUGUUGGUGGACGCCUGACCUUCCCAGCGCUGCCAGGGGGGAGCAGCCCGGAGAGUUGGGUCAUACUCAGAGGCAGACAGAGGACACGCUGUCGGGGUCUUCACAUAAACACACAUUCUAGUGCACAUAGCAACACAUGUACAGCACCUUUUCUCAGGAGAAGUGAAACAAUUAGCCUCCAGAGUGAGUGUAAGCACACAUACAUGCUCUGUUAAAGAUAUAACAUUCCAGCAAUACUGUAUGUAGAGCCAUAAAGCCAAAAUUCAUUCUCUAAGAGAGAACUGAUGUAAAUGUUUGAGUGAAGAAACAAAGCCAUAGUAUGUGUAGGUUGUUUUCUUUUUAUACAGUAGAGUAAUGUGUGCAUGAUUCAGUUAUAUAAUAAUAAUUAUUGCUACUGCCAUCUUACAAGCUGGUGUGAUGAUCAUAAGACCAUCUGCUGUCGCUGGGCUUGCAUAAAGUUGCACCCCAUAACACACACACACACAAACACACACAUACAUAGAAGUGGCAAAGCCUCAUCAAGGUUUCUUAGAUUGAUAGCAACAACAAUCACAGUUACACAUUAAUAAACAUACAAACUGAUGAAGCUCGUGACGCCGACUGCUGUCUCUCUCUGUCUCUAAGACGGUCGGUGUGCGAAUGUCUCUGCCCCCCUAGCCCAGUGCAUCCCCCCCUCCUCAACCCUACCCCACCCACACACACACCCCCACUGGGUCCUCCUUUGGGAGGGGUCCCUGGCUGGAGACCGAGGAUUCAAAAUGUAAAUGAAGUCGUGUUAACCCUACCCACGCCAUGUGCAUCGUAUAGUGGAGAGUAGUACUGUGGUUUUAAAAAACAACAACAAAAAAAAUUUACAACAAAAAACUUUCUUUGAAGUGUUCUGUUGAUUCUUGUUUGUCCUCCAUUUUAAUUUCCUCAGUUGCUGUUGUUCUCCGUGACCUUUUGGCUGUUUACCGUUUUAAAGUUCCCCAUCCUCUGUGAGGGGCUGUUCUGUUCUCAACACCCAAAAAAGUUCUCACGCAGCAGACAGUGCUCGUGGCAUUUCACAUCUCAGCGUGCACAUCAGCCAGAACCAGGCAGAGCGAUAUUUCAAUCAAUGGUUCCUAAACUAGUGUCACAUGUUCAACUGGGGAUGUGCCAAGAUGAUAAAUAAGAUGAGAAAGAGAAAAAACAACUUAGCUCUGCUGCACUAAAUUAUUCAAUUAUAGAAUAGUUUUAGCUUCUCUGGAGUCGAUGCACCAGCUCUUUGUAACGUAACCUAGUUAAAAGUGUUAAGUAGAGAUUUACCAAUCACUAGAUUUAAUUGCUGGCACCCAACAAACAAUUUCUUACUUUGAGAUUGCUUGAACCUUUAAUAUUUACACACGUAACAGCCAGGUGUAACUGUUGUAUAGCUAACUGAAUCAUGUGACCUGUUCACAGUGAAGAGUUUAAGAGCUAACAGAGUAUGGUUGACAUAUUUAACCUGACACUUGAUCCAAAUGCUGUUUGAUUAUAACUUAAACUGGGAGUUUUUUACCCAAUAUCCCUUAAAUUCAGAGGUGUGAACUCACGACAUAUAACAAGUAAGAAUAGAGUCACAAACUUGAUGAUUUUAGAAUCAGCAAAAUCAAAAAAACUAACUCAACUUGACUCGUUACAUCACUUGGACUUGAGCCUUUUGACUUGAAAUAACUUGAUCUCUUCUCCCUAAGCCCAAAGAUUAAACAAAAUGUUGUUUAGAAAUGUGCUACAAAUCAUUUCAUUUCCCUUAAUUUCCGGAACCAACGAUUAACAGUAACACUAUUCAUUCCUAGCAAGUCGCCACUUUAUUCCGCAGAUCCACUUUGUUUAAACCAAUCCAGCAACAUCCAAUCAAGUUGCAGGCGAGAACCAUAAAGGAUUUACAUUACCAAGCACCAGUUCAGUGAAGAACACCUCGUCAUAGAUGGAAAUACAUUUAUGUUUGGUGCUGAGGGCUCCACUAUUGAAGUGCUCUCUGGAUUAGACAAGCAGCAUGCUAAACCAAAACAGGGAGUGCAAUGCAUUACAUUUGGUAAAGAGCAUAUUGUAACUUGUUCAGGACUUGAAACUUGGAAUUUUAGGACUUGGGACUUGACUUAGGACUUAUCAGUCUUGAUUUGAGUGCAGAAAAUUGAGACUUACUCAUGACUUGCAAAACAAUGAGUUUGUCCCACCUCGGCUAAAAUUACCAAACAUUAUGCUGAUGAUGUCACGUUAACACAAUCAAAUAUUUAAGAUUAUUUUAUACGGCCAAUUCCAAAACACAUUUAGCGACGCCUGCGAGCUCGUUCAGGCAGUCGACUCCAGCUGCACUGAUUGAUACACACGUCAUACGUCACUCCCAAUAUGUCAUCUACAAAACACACCCUCACAAUUUGGCAGUCUAUUUAAGCUGCAAAAUCUUCCCAGCUCUAUCUUUGCAUGGUCUAUGUCGCUCAGUUAGCACCACCUCCACCCCAGCAUCCACCUCCAGGCUCCUGGAGGGGGGGGGGGUAUUUAAUCAUCACUCCCCAGUAUCCCCCAAACUCAACCUACAUUUACAGAUGACCAACAAUUUAAUAUAGUGUUUGCCACUUUAGUUAAUAACAUCUAAAGCUUAGUGACAGAUUUAUAUACAGCUGGUGCCUUUCACUUCACUGACGUGCAAUAUAUCAUGAGGAGCACACAUUGCGUCAUUUUAGGGGUCAUGCUGUAGAAAGUAGGGACCCACUCGUGUGAAGCACCUCGACAUUGUAUAAAGGCAAGUUUACGGUUUGGAAAUAAUUUGCCCCAGGUAAGAGAGAACCUCAAACUCUCCAAACUUUUGCAAAAUAAAUCCUGCAAACUCCAUUUUCGUCCCCAGUGAGGGAUGAUGAAACCACGGCUUCUGUGUCAGGAUGAAUAACUCAGCAGCUGUUAAAGAUUCAUGAGGCCGAAUGAGAAUAGAUGAACAAAUUGGCCUGUUUUUUUUUUUUUUGUUUUUUUUUCUUCAUUCCCUUUAACAGUGUCAGCGGCCAUUUCUGUGUUGAGAACAGGACGUCACCCUCAUGGAUGUCUCCUCUCCCUGAGCUGACCCUUUUGUGUUUCCAUUCCCUGGUAUUUCUCAGUGGAAACUACGUUUUAGAAGACAGUGAGAAUGUCUGUAGUGAUUGUCGAUGGUGUUAUUGUGCAAACAUCAAUCACAAAUGUAAGCGUAGAUGAGGGUGUGUUUUCGUUUUAUCUUCUUCUUCUCCUUCUCCCCCUCUUUGCCGUCCUCCUCCCCUCUUCCCGUUCCCUGUCUUCUUAACAUUUCCACCCCUCGUUGUCCCUGUUCACAGUAUUAGGCUGGAUUAUGGUUGUGUGGUAGUAGACACGUGUUCUGUGUGGUCGGUGUUGUCGUGUUAUGAUUUGUUGCUCCUCGUGAUGUCAUCCAACACGGAGCAGUGACUGGAUCAGUGGAGACAAAAGAUGAAAGGGGUGACCCAGGUUCCCUAAAAAAAGAAAAAAAAACAUUGGUUCCCAUUUCACGCCCUACUCAUUCCCGAAAACCACUUCUGGAACUUUCCCCGCUCUGCUCAGUGCCGCUCUGGGAUCUUUCUCUGGCUAUGAAACCCCACGGACUGUACUGUAUGUAUUUUCUCUGAUGAUAUCUUGUCACACUUUAACUUACAAAUGUAGAAAGGGGGGUUGGGUUGUUUUAAUACCGUGACUUUGAGCCUACACUCACUUUCUGCCUACUGUGGAGUCAUUUUGUCAAGGAAGCAGCUCAUUCACUGAAAACAGACAUUUUUCAUGUUGGUCAGGGUUGAAAAUAAGCGCCUGUGUCUCUUCAAGCCCCACGAGUCCUUGAAUGCCUUCCUGUCCCCUCCAGCUUCAAUUUCCUGCCAGAGAUCCAUUAUCAAAGGCUUUAGAAAUACGUUAAAAAUUUUAAUUGAUGGAGACUUUGCCAAACAAUUGUUCAGCAGCUCUCUCGUUUUAUUUAACGGUGCCAGUACACAUGGCUUUGCAGCCAAGCCAUUGCCUCAGUCUGGCUGUCAGACUCUGUGUGUUUGUAGAUACCACACGAGCUUGAGCUUGAUUCAUCUCCUCUGCCGUGAUACUUGAGAAAGUAGGCUGAGUGAUCCCCGCGCUCCCUCCUCCGGUUCGCCCUUGCCUGGGGUUGGUGUACUGUAGUCUAGACGCCCCAUUUACAACAGCAGCAGCAGCAACUGCAGCAACAACCAUUCCUUCCGCUGGGGACCUCUUCAAAGACGCACACCAAAAUAAGACAAAGCCUUUGGCAGCAAUGAUCAUGGCGUCAUUACCAGCCAAGCCAGAAUUAUUCCUUUUUUUAUUAUUAUCAUAAUUUCCUAAUGUUUCAGUUGUAUUUCUCAAUUGAAGGACCAGCCCUCUUUGCUGUUGUCUCACUAUUUGGCCAAGACGACUGCAUUUCUACGUGCAUUUUCUUGGUUUCAUGUCAUUUCUGGCUCCAUAUUAGCUCUAAAUGAAUCCAUCUCCGACUCCAGAUCCUACAGCUGCUGUUGCGAUUGGAUUAGACUUGAGUUGAAUUAUCAGAGCUGAGAGGAGCAGUAAUGGGAUGACGGAGAAGUGAGCUCGGGUGAUUGGGUGAUUACUUGGCUUAUUAGUCCCAUUUCCAUAACAGACCUCGCAGAACAGUGUCUCACGCCAAGACUGGAGGCUGAAUUCAUGGUGUCAUUUUACCUUUUAUUUGAUAGAGAUAUUACAUAUGGUAGUUUCCUUGAAUUGGAGAUGGUGAUGCAAAGCAGUCGCUGUUAACUGACAUUCAGGUAUAAUGUGGCAGAGCAUUGCUGAAGGAUUGUUUAAAGCACCUUGAACAGACAAAUGCUUCAUCUUAACCUUGACCAGACAAAUUCCACUGCCCCCCUUUCUAUGUGGCAAUACUGACCCCAAGUGGUCAAUGUGAGUAACAGCAACAAAUGGGACCAUACUGCCGAUGCUGAUGUACCAGUGUUAUUAUGUGGUGGGGAAGAUAAAACAACAGCUCUGGGUCUCAUACAGUGAAACACUAAAGAGAGCAAAUUGACUGUUAGCUUCAUGAGUCAGUGCUUUACUGAUUGUUUUUCUUAUAGCCAUAGCGUGACCUCCUCUCCGCUGUGGGUGUCUGGGGGCGAUGUUUGCCCUCAGCCACCUGUGAGGGAGUAAUAAGGAGAGGCCUCCAUCUGAUCAAAAGCAGCAGUUCUGACCUGGUUUGCUGGGACUCAGUCUGUAGAUUGAAUAAAUACUUUCUGACGCCCCCUCCGCCAGUCUCACGACAAACAAUAACAAACCAUGAUAAAACGUAACAGCAUCAUUCUUUCUCUGUAUUUGACUGAGAGCUGAUCGGCAAAACGGUCGGUUCCUCACAAUAGAGAAAACAAAACUUUCUUUCUUGUGGUCUUAGCAGGUUUAAUCUAUGCAUGCCUUUUGUAUACAGUGAUUGGUCUUGCCAAACUCUCACCUACACUUGUACGGAGAGCUAUGGGUGCCAUUGUUGCUGGCCAUGGGACUGGUUGAAAUAGACUUCUUGUAAGAGCAGGUGGGACCAUUAAAGGGGACCUAUUAUGCUCAUUUUCAGGUUCAUACUUGUAUUUAAGGUUACUGCUAGAACAUGUUUACAUAUUUAAAUCUUAAAAAAAAAAAAAAAAACUUCCUCACUGUCUGUGAUGGAUCACCUGUUUUCACACUGAAAUGCUCUGUUUGUUUCUUUAAGCCCACCUCCCAAAAAAGGCCAUUCUGUUCUGACUCAUCAACGUUUCCUGACCGUAUUUUGACAUCUUUGCACUGUCACUGCAGCCGGAGAAUGACUAAGGAUAGUGGCACUUUUUUACCAUGACUGGGGAGAAUAUUAAAAACACUAGCAGCCCAGAUUAGGCUAAAUGUUUCCCUGAUGUUAGCAUGUAGCUACAUGUACGAGGAAUGACUGUAAUGGAAACUAGAGACACUGUUAUUGUCAAAAUCUCAGAAAAAGCUUUUAAACACAAUCAUGUUUUGCUGAGAAUAUGGUCCGAAAUCAGGGAGAGUUUCACAACAUAAGCGAACAAAGUUACACAUUUCCUUGACAAUAGCAUGUAGCUACAUGUACCAUUGUACUUGCAGCCGAGGAAUGACUGUAAUGGAAAAAUAGCGAUGCGCUUUACCGUAAAAAUCACAUAAAAAAAGCUUUUAAACAUUAUCAGACAUGUUUUGAUGGGAAUAUGAUCUCAAAUCAGUGAGAAAUUUCUAUCAUUGGCAACCAAGUUUACAUGUUUCCCUGAUAUUAGCUUGUUGCUACAUGUAGCAUUGUAAUUGCAGCAGGGGAAUGACUAUCAGAGCAUAGUGGCACUAUCUACCAUGAAAAAUCAACAAGAAAAGCUUCUAAACACAACUGGACAUUCCAUGGGAAAUAUGAUCCAAAAAUUGGGGAGAAAUUUACAACAUUAGCAACUGAGUUUACAUGUUUCCCAGAUGUUAGUAUGUACCUACAUGUUUUUAGCGGUGUAUUUGCAGGAGAGCAAUGACUGUGAUGGAUAAUAGCAACAAUUUUUACUUUGAAAUAUCACCAAUAAAAGCUUCUAAGCACAACCAGACAUGUUCCAGCAGGAAUAUGAUCCAAAAUCAGGGUGAAAUUUAUAUCAUUGGCAACCAAGUUUACAUGUUUCCCUGAUGUUAGCAUGUAGCUACACACAUUGAUUUGCAGCUAGUAAAUGACUAUUACAGAGAAUAGCAGCACUUUCUAACAUGAAAAAUCAACAAUAAAAGUUCCAAACACAACCGGACGUGUUCCAUGAGGAAGAUGACCCAAAAAUUUACAACAUGGCAACCUAGUUUACAUGUCUCCCUGACAUUAGCAUGUAGCCACAUGUUUGUUUAUAGUAUACUUGCAGCCGAGGAAGGACUGUAACAGAAAUUGUUGUCAAUUUUUAACAUGAACGAUCACCAGUAAAAGCUUUUUAACAAAACCAGAAAUGUUCCAGCAGGAAUAUAAUCCAAAAAUUGGCAAGAAAAACGUUGGCAUCCAAGUUAACACGGUUCCUUGACAUUAGCAUGCAACCACGUGUUUGUUAGUAGUGUACUUGCAGCCUAAGAAGGAGUGUAAUGGAAAAUAUUUUAACAUGAAAGAUCACCAAUUAAGGCUUCUGAGCACAACCAGACAUGUUCCAGCAGGAAUUUGAACCAAAAUCAGGGGAAAAUUAGCAACCUUGGCAACUAAGUUUACAUAUUUCCCUGAUGUUAGCAUGUGGCUACAUGUAGCAGUGUAGGCUACAUAAUGUAAACACUGGCAGUAGUGCACCCGGAGCAGAUGAAAAAGAAAUCUGUCACCAAAAAAAAACGUUCGUAUGGUAGAUGGUAGAAAACUUUAGUUUCUUUGCUAAUGGGGAUUACUUCUACAUACAUUUACCUCAUCAUUUGAAACUUUGGCCACAUGUGAUUUAAACAUCCUUCAUUGUAACACCAUAAGGCACAAAGUACAGAGAAGCAUAAUAGGUCCCCUUUAAAGUGUUUUUAAUGUGGUACAAAUUAAAGCCAGGGGCGAGUAAUCACCUGCACCUGCAUUCACGAAUAUUCAAAGAAGCGUGCAUCUUACAAAAGAAGCAUUUGUUUACUUGGGAUGAUUGUACUUUUACACAUAUCUAUCCACACACAGAGGAUGUGUAAGCUGUAGAUAAAAUGAUUGAUAUUCCAAGCAGGAUGGUGGGACUGAUCAAUGCUGUAUGGGGAUAGGAUUAUUAAUGGCAUACUUUCAUUGAUCUGUCUUGAACCUUGCCACUCUCCCAGAAUCCCUCUGGAGCAGGAGGAGGCGUACAGAGCUCUUACAGACCUGGUUGGCACUCAUUCCUAGGUUUCCACAUUAAGAUGAUUUUCCUCUUUUAAGAACGAGAUGGUGCCAGAUUUCGACUAUUUUUUCUCUCCCAGGUCUGAGCUGAUGUAACGCUGUCUUACCUCUCCUGCUCUUCAGAGGAAGCUGUCAUUACGGUAUAGCUCUGUAUUUGUUGGAGCCCUCUAAUGGAAGAUAUAGUUUAUUUCUCAAAUUUGGCUGGGGUAAAUGUAUUCCCUCUUCUCUCACUGUCUUUCUCUCUCCUUCCUCUCUCUGUCUUCUCUCUCUCUUACUGUCUCUAUCAACUUGGCACCGACCUCGUUAAACAUUUCAGAACAUUUUUCAUCGAUCACUCUUAGUUUUUGCGCUAAUGCACAUUUGUUCCCUGUUGACACGGUCGUUACCGACUCCUGAAACCUAGGAAUGGGUGCUGAGCGCUCCAAUUAAAUGCAGAGCUAUCAUAAAGACAAGUUGUUCGGCUUGUCAGAUUGAAUAAUGUCCUCUAAUCAAUCAUUAAUGCGUAUGACUGGCUCAUAAUAGAGUCUGUUAUACAGUAAGCAUCAAAUUUGGACUCUCAUCCUCACUGGCUGCAGGAACAUCGGACUGUACCUAAAUUAUAACAUUUAAAUCUGUGUGGAUCCUUGGAUGUGAAGAACAGAACCUGUACAUAUUAGAUCUAUUAGCCAUAUCAUGUCAUCAAAUCUGUAGACCUCCUUGCCAUGUCUGACAGAGGAAAAUGACUGUUGAACUGUAAAUAGUGUAGGUAUAGUAAUAUAGGAUUUAACUGCUGCUUCUUUUCUCCAGGGAUCACCCAUGUUUUGCUCAGUCCCAUGGCUGCUUGGUCUCAAAGGGAAGGAUGAGACAAUAAUGUACUUGUCUAUAAAACACAUAUGAGUUCUUUUUUUAU